ACGGUCUUAUAUUAAUAUAAUAAGCUGUCGCCAAGGUGUGCAGGUCCCAUCCCCCGCCUCCGAAUGGAACAAUAGGGUGACAUCUGUUCGCUCAUCGCCGCCCUCUCUCCGGGGACAGUCGUUGUGGAGAAGAGACGACCCGGCCAUCCUGUCAGUACUCGGAGGAGAAGUCGGGAGCCUGCACCGUCCUCAGGACACAGAAUGUCAAGCAAUUUGGCCAAAAUCGUUGAAGCCCGAAAAGACGUGGAGCAGCUAAAGAUGGAGGUGAACAUAGACCGGAUGAAGGUGUCGGUGGUGGUGUCGGACAUCCUCUCCUUCUGUCAGUCUCACUCAGUCUCGGAUCCGCUGGUUUCUCCAGUUCCGUCUGCUGAGAAUCCUUUCCGUGACAAGAGAUUGGUGUGCGCCGUGCUGUGAUUGGUGUGCGCCGUGCUGUGAGGGAUCGGUGCUCAUUAUUACAUCCUGAACUCAAUAAAGUUGUAGUUAUCUCCCCCUA